ACCAAACAAAGAAAGAUGGCGGAUGAAUUGCAGUCGAAUUUAGCGACGUAUAGGCUUCAACUUCAGCAGGUUGAAGCUUCAUUAGCUAACGAUGCAGAUAAUGAAGAUCUCCUAAAACUGAAAAAGGAUUUACAGGAGGUUAUUGACCUGACUUCUGAGCUAGUCGGCCAACAGAAGGUAGAGGUAGGAGAUGAAGAGGAGGAGGCAGCAGGGCCUAGCAACGAGGAGACGGGAUCUAAGGUGGUUGUCCCUCAACAUGACUGGAAGUCUGGUGAAGACUGUAUGGCAAUGUACUCCGAGGAUGGGCAAUAUUAUCCGGCCACAGUAGAUGAAGUAUUGGAAGACGGGACAUGCACAGUCAAGUUCAACGAUUACGGAAACAUGGAUGUGACAGAGGUAAAGUUUUUAAAAUCCACUGACCCAGAGAGCUACACCACAGGAGAAGCGGGACAGACCGACGCCAAGAAACCACAAUCAAAAAAAGACCUGAUAGCAUCACAGAGGGAAUACAAACGGAAAAAGUCUCAAAAGAAAGCUCAGCGUCUCAAACAGAUGGAGGAAGAGAGAGAAUCGGAGAAAAACAAAUGGCUGGAUUUCAACUCCAAGACAUUUUCCAAAACAAGUAAGGGGAAAGUGAAAAAGAGUAUAUUUGCAACAACAGAGCAUGUGAACGGCCGUGUGGGCGUGGGGACCUGUGGUGUCAGCGGACGACCUAUGACCUCGUUUACACAACAGGAGAAAUGGAAGAAAUAAACUGAUAUAUUUAUAUAAAUCAAAUUCUAUUUUUUUGCCAUGCUAAUUACAGUCAAGUAGAGCAUGUCAUGUGAAGGGAACUGCUGCCAGUAACAAUGGUGUCUGAAGGGUAUAGCGGUUCCUUCAUCACAGGCUUCAGUGGAGCAAUCUCAUUAACGGGCUUAGCUCUCCAAAAAAUAUUUUACUGUUUAGCAAUUUUUGCAGGAAAAAUCUCCUGUUACAAUUACAGUAACAUCCAAUUUGAUGCAUCUGAUGUACUUUGGUAACAAAAUGAACAAUUGAAGCACUGAAAACCUUAAAGUUUGUGAUAUAAAGUAAAGAUCAGGUUUGAUGUCUUUGACCAAUCUGUUUUCAAUAUUGGCUAUAAUGGAUAUAAAAGAAUAUGCAAUAGAAUUGGGUGAUCAGUGUCAUCUGGUAUCUCGGCCAUUGUAUGAUUUUAUAGGUCCUGUAGUUUCUGGUAGGUCUAGCUGGGAAAUAUGUGUCUUUGAAAGCAGAGGAAUUAAACCUCAUGUUACCGUCAUCUUGAUGGUUAUACAGUGUCACCUUGUAAGCUCCAUCACAUUUGUUCCCAACUGUUCAGGGAGUGAAACAACUUAAUUAAUUACAUGGGCAGUUUUAUUGUCUCGUCGCCACGAAGUGGAAGCAAGACUCAGGUGUUGCUUUUCUGGCAACAGUGUAUAGAUUAAGUUUUUGCGUUUAAGUUAGUUUCACUGAAAGUAUAAGUGCUAGACCAACCAAACUUGUCAGUGUUUGUUUCCAUUGUUCAAUUAAACUGCCUACAUUACUACAGCAUUAAUGAGAUUGUUAAUGUUAUCACAUACAGCGUGAACAUCUUAAAACCUGAAAGUUUUCAGCAGGCUGAGACCACCAUUCUAAAUUUUAUGUGAUGCAAUUCUUCAAAAGAAGAAAGGUUUUUUUCCAACAAUUACUAAACAGCUUUAUUUGAGAAACACAAAAUUUGAACUAGUCUGACAAUAAUACUAUAGCUGUCAUCCUCUUUCAUUAUGAAUUAGAAUAAUUAAGAUAUAUGAUACACAGGUGAAGUAAUGUAAGGAGGAAAUAUCUAACUCACUGUUCAGCAUUAUAUUAUAAACAUUCUAUUUCUGGUUGAUAUUAUCUGCUGUGAAGUCCUAUUUUUACACAGAGAUAACAGUGAUAAACAAUGUGUCACUUCAGUACUGUCUGAUUAAUUUGUCUUGUGAGCUUCUACCUCUGUAACUCAAUGCUCUCAACUUGCUUGUUGGGCCGCAGUGGCCAAGUGGUUAAGGCGUGCAACAUUCUGCUACCACUUGCCCUCAAACCCUGGGUCGCAGGUUCAAGCCCACCAGGUCCUGGCUGUAGGUCCGUGGUUUUUUCUCCGGGAACUCCAGCUUUCCUCCACCAUUAAAACCUGGCACGGCCUUAAAUAACCAUAGCUGUUGAUAGUACGUAAAACCCAAACAAACUCAACCUGCUCUUUGGUCGCUACUCCAUGAAUAGUCAACAGAUUUUUACAAGUCAUUUUAUUUCUUUUGCUGACUUGCACCCCAAAAUAACCAAAAAAAAUCCAGGAUAUUGCAAUUAAAUAAGUCUUUUAUGACUGGUAAAAAUAUGCAUGUUUUUAAAGAUAGGUGCAAUACAAGAAAAAUGACACCUGAACAAAGCCUCUUCUGUACAUAUGUAUGUAGGAGAAAUGUUCUAAUGUGAACAAAUCAAAUGUCUGAAACCUCCUUAAAGAAGUCAGCAGAACUUCAAACCUCCUUAAAGAAUUCAGCAGAACUUCAAACAGUAAUAUGAAUUGAUUUGUGAAAGUUUGAAUAUCCCUUUAAACAGUCUGUCAAGCUACAACUAGACUUUACCGUAAUAAAUAUAGGUGAAUUGAAUCUACUUGUAAGUAGAAACAGGUUCAGUUUUGUUCUUUUAUUUUUCAUUUAUUGUACAAUGUACAUAACUCAUCAUGUUGGAAGUUUAUGAUCAUCUUGUUUCUCAUGUGCGAGAUCUAGUAUUUUGCGAGUUUGUGUGUAGAAGUUUUGAAAGAGAUUGUUUGUCUAGGGAGAAUGCAAAGCUUUCAAGUGUGAGUGGGAAGUGUACCAAGUCAUUAUGUUAUAAUCAUGUCGAUGUAAUUAUCAUGUUUUGUACAAAUAAAACAUAUUGUAUGAAGAGA